AUGGACUUUCAACCUUGGCUUAGAGUAAAUUUGAUGUCGAAGAUUGUUUGGGCUGAUGGUAUUCCUUGGAAUUUGGUCUUUGUUUUCACAUGUUGGUAUAUAUGGAAAUGGAGGAAUCACUAUGUGUUUCAUGGUGAUGAAGAGUUGGCUUUUGACUCCAUACAAAUUAUUACUGCUGCUGUGAAGGAAUGGUUGAGGCUUGGUUUGCUUGGGAACCUCCUCCUGCUGGGGGUCUUUAAACUGAAUGUUGAUGGCUCUAGGAAAGUUGCUUCUGGCCAUAUUGGUGGGGGAGGUGUGUUGCGUGAUGUUUCUGGUGAUUGGUGUAGUGGGUUUGCUGUUAAUUUGGGUAAAGGGCAGAUUCUAGAGGCUGAAUUAUGGGGUCUGUUCUUUGGUCUGAGGAUGGCUGUUGCGAAAGGGUUUAGGGAGAAAAACAGUGUUGCAGAUCGUCUGGCUGUUUGGAGUUAUAACUUAGAUCUUGGUAUCUGCGUUUUUGAUGAGGCUCCAAGUUGGAUUGGGACUUCUUUGGUGGAUGAUUUGUUAGGGGUGUCUAGGCCCGGUUGA